GCGUCGGAGCAGGGCAAAGGCUACCAGCUGUACGCGGGCAAGUCUGCGUUUGGCGGCGGCGUCAAGGAGACGGACGGCAACGAGCCCAUUCCGCAGGACUGGAGGGAGGUUGAGAAUGAAAAGUAUCGGCUGGAGCAGCAGAGGCUGGCCGCAGGCGGGAAAUGA